CUUGACUAAUACACGCCAAUAAAACAUAUUUCAAUUUUCAACCCAUGUGUAAACACUCCGGUUCAAGCCACCACUAUUACUAAAACUUUCUAUAAAUCCCAUCUUCUUCUUCACUUCCCAAUCAAUUUCCAUAUUUUCAAUACAAAACAAACAAUCUUUAUUCAACAUGUUCAAGAAGAACAAAACCAACAUGCCAUUGUUUCCACCCGAAGAAAACUCGCCCCGCGGGCGAGCCAAGCUCGGAGACCUUUUCCACAAAUCCGAACCCAACAUUUUACUCACCGCGGAUCAACAACACGAAACCGACACCGGUUCGCAUCACCGCCACAGCAACGUCUCACCAACCAUCUCUCCAAACUCAUCUCCGGUUAAUUACUUCAUGUCCCCGGUCCACAAUACGUCGCCGUUUUCAAAAUCCCCAUGGAACUUUUCUCUUGCGGGAGACGGGCCCGUUCCGAAAACCGGGUUGAUCGGGUCUCUAACACGUGAAGAGGGACAUGUUUAUUCAUUAGCUUCAUCUGGUGACUUGUUGUAUACCGGUUCGGAUUCGAGAAACAUUCGGGUUUGGAAGAAUUUAUCCGAGUUUUCGGGGUUUAAAUCGAGUAGCGGGUUAGUUAAAGCCAUUGUUGUGUCCGGUGAGAAGAUAUUCACGGGUCACCAAGAUGGUAAGAUCCGGGUGUGGAAGUAUUCGGGCCCGAAAAAGGCGUAUAAACGGGUCGGGAGCUUACCCACGACCCGCGAAUUCAUCGCAAGCUCCAUGAACCCGGGUAACUACGUCGAAGUCCGACGUCACCGGAAAGUUCCAUGGAUCAAGCAUUACGACGUCGUUUCAUGCAUGAGUUUGGAUGAGGAACACGGGUUGUUAUAUUCGGGUUCGUGGGAUAAAACAUUUAAAGUGUGGAGACUUUCGGAUUCAAAAUGUAUGGAAUCGGUUAACGCGCAUGAUGACGCGGUUAACUCGGUGAUGGCGGGUUUCGACGGUUUUAUAUUCACCGGGUCGGCCGACGGGUCGAUGAAAGUGUGGAGGAGAGAGUUGGUGGGUAAGGAAACAAAACAUAUGAUGGUUUACAUGUUGUUAAACCAAGACCCCGCUGUCACAUCCGUGGCAGUUAAUGCCACGGAUGCUGUUGUGUACGCGGGGUCUUCUGAUGGGCUGGUGAAUUUUUGGGAAAGGCGAAAGCACACGUUGGGUCACGGCGGGGUUAUUAGAGGGCAUAAACAAGCGGUGCUUUGUCUUGCGGCGGCGGGGAGGUUGUUGUUUAGUGGCUCGGCGGAUAAGAGUGUUUGCGUGUGGCGGCGGGAGGCCGGCGGUUUUCAUUCGUGUUUGUCGGUUUUAACCGGCCACGACGGGCCGAUCAAAUGUUUGGCGGUACAUGAAAAGCAAGAUGGUGAUGAUGAUGAUGAUGGUGGUGGUGGUGGUGGUGAUAAAGAAUGGGUGGUGUAUAGUGGUAGUUUGGAUAAGUCAGUGAAGUUGUGGGUUGUCGGAGAAGCCGUGAAGUAGACGCGCCAUCGUGAGAGAGUGGAGAUGGUGUUUGUGGGGCAUAUAUUGCUUAUAUAGAAAUUGUGGCUAAGGAUUGGCAUACACCAGAAAAUUGUAAAGCAUGAAGGACCAUUUAGAGAGAGUCCAACUUUUUCAAAAUUAAUGGUGGGUAUGAAUUGGAAUUGGAUUUGUAUGUGGAUAUGGAUUUGGGUUUGAAUUAUACAAGUGAUGUAUAUAUGAUGUAUUGAUUGGUUGGUUGGUUGUUUGUAAACAUAGCUAAUGCAUGUGUGAUUUGACAUCAAUAAUUUGAUUUGAAUGGUCACAAGUUACUUAUUUAA